CCUUUUAUUCUCUUAUAUUUUUUAAUUUCUUUUGACAAAACUUGAUUUUAUUUAAAGAAAAACAUAUUUUCGUUACUAUUAAAAUAUUGUGGGUAUUUUAAAGAGCAAUAACAUUAAAAUUCCAAGUUCUUUGAAGGUUAAAGAUAAACGAAACAAAAGAAACAGAAACAGUUUUAUUUUAUAUUUAACAAUCAUGGCAUUUUCCAAUUUCUUCAAUGUGCCAUUCCUGAAUAAAAGUGCUGAGUUGGGCUGUAAGAAAGCUUGCGUUAAGCUAAAGAGUUACGAAUCCACCAUCGAUCAUCGUUCAUGGGCAAGUGAUGAGGCAAAGCAGUCGAAAUUUCUAAGCGAUUUGGUAACAUGUCAAAAUCCGGCUAUUACAGGUUACGGUGAAGGGGAUAUUAGUGACUUAGAUGUUCAUGUGGGUAGAGCUGAGAGUAAUUAUAAUGUUAAUGCUGCUAGAGGUCCUAGUACAAGUGCGUAUAAAGGCAAAGCAGGAGUCGGCCAAAAACGUAAUCAGGGUGACAUUACAGCUGCUGGUAUUCGCGAUAACAUAAUGCCCCAACUAGGAGUUUUAACUGGUGGCGACAGCCUCCUCGAAUGUGCCAAUAUGCACUUGGCUGAAUAUCAAAAAGUGUUAAAAAUAAAAACAACUCUAGAGAAAGAAUUAGAAGUCUCUAAUGAACGGCUGAAAACAGCCAAAGAAGAGAAUGAAAAAAUAAGAGAAAUUCUAGCCAGCAAAUUAGAUUCCAAUACGGCCAAAGAUUUCUACAAUAAAAUACAAAAACUUACCACGGCCGGCAAACUAAGUAAUAAUGAAGAAAAUGAAAUGCUACAAAUCUAUAAGAAAAUGGAAAAUAUGAAUAAAGCCUAUGAAGUCCUACAAGCUGAAAAUAACUAUCUGAAGCGUUUAAUUGAAAAGCUGGACGAACGAGUUACCAUGGAAAAUAUAACAACACAACCAGAGAAAUCGAACGAUGUGGCUUAUUUGCAUAAGGAAAUAAAUACAUUGCGCAAGGAGUGCAUAAUGCUAAGACAAAUGGAAGAUGAGUAUCAAAAAUUAAAACAACAACAGCAACUGAAUAAAUUGCCCAGCAUUUCGGAGCAGGAUGCGGAGAAUAUUAAAGCCAUUAUAAAGGAACGCAAUAGUUUAAGAGAGAAGUGUAAAUCGUUUAAAGCUUUAGAAAAACAAGUACAGCAGCUGGAACAGCAAGCUGAAGAGGCCCAUAAAAAGGCUGGAAAUUUGAGCAGUAGUUUAAGUAAUCAAUCGCAAUAUAUAGAUAAAAUGGAAGGAGAAAUGCAAAAUAUGCAAAAAUACUAUGAAGGUCAAAAUCAAAAUGCCUGUUAUAAAGAGGAAUGUUUAAAGGCCCAACUUGAAGAUAUAAAGGAUGAACUUAUAAAGGCUAAAUGUCAAGCCCAAAAAGCAGACAUGUUGGCCAUGGAAGUGUCCAGUCUGCGUAAUGAAAUACUUAAACGAGAUUUAGCUUUAAACGACUAUGAUUGUCAGUAUAAACAGUUAAUGGACGUGGUAAAUGAAUUACAAUCUGUCAAGCUGCAAUGUCUGCACGAUAAUCAAACACAAACUAGUAAAAAUCAAACAGAUGAAUUGGCGUUUUUCACUUGUGCCACUCUGGAGGAAAUUAUGAAAGAAUUAAAGAAGAAAGGUUGUCUCAAUGAUGAAUUUAUGGUUGCCUAUGGCCUAGAGCCUGAACCCCAUGACAAUAAUGUCGAAUACGACAAGCAAUGUUGUAGGGAAAUGCGACGACUUCAACAGCAAUUGGAUGAGAUGGAAAAGGAAAAGCAAAAUGCAGCAGAUUGUGAAGCUAUCUGUGCCGAUGCCCUCAAACGUUUAAAGGAAUUGGAAACCGAAAAAAGCAAACUUUUACAGGAAAAUCUUGUAUUAAAUGGAAAACUCAAAGAUGGUGAUGACAAAAUGGCCAACAUGUUGAAUAAAAUAGAACAUUUAGAUAAAGAAAUCAAUCGAAAUGGCCAAGAGGCCAAUCGAAUUGGAAAAGACUUAGAAGGAACUAUAGGUUUGGUUAAGGAUAUCAGUGAUGUUCAAAUAAAAAAUCAACAGUUGACUAAUGCUGUUAGUGCUAUCAAUUCUCGCGAUGAUCAAAAGAUAAUUGAUGAUUUGCGACGUCAAUUGGAAGAAGAAUUGGCCAAGCUAAAGAAAUGCCAACAAGAUAAUGCCAGACUACAGGAAGAAGCCAAGGAACGCGAAAUGGAUUUGAAAGAACUUAAAGAUCUCAAUAAUAAAUUAGAGGCCGAUAGGAAAAAACUCAAGGCGGAAAAUAAUAAACUGCUUAAUAGUAAAGCCCAUAUAAAGAAUAGUCUUAAUAAACAAGAGGGCAAAAACAAAAAAGGUAAUAAUGAAGCAAGGGAAACAGAUGAAGAAAAUGAAGACUCUGAACCUGACAAAGAAUUUCCAAUAAAACGCGAUAAAGACACCUAUGAAGAUAACGACAAAAGAGAUAUAUCUAAAAUUGUUUCUGACAAAUACCAAGAUAAAACUGGCGAUAAUGUAGGUAGCGAGGAAAAAACAGACAAAUCUAAGACACCUUUAAAUAAAAAUCAAGAUAAAACUGGCAAACAUAUAGAUAGUAACGAAAAUACAGACAAAUCUAAGACUGGUUCUAAACCUCAAGACAAAUCAAGCAAAUAUAAAGAUAGUGACGAAAAACCAGACAGAUCUAAGACUUCUUCUAAUAAAAAUCAAGCUGAUAUGGAAAUUAAAGAUAACUCUAAACAGCCUUUAAAAGAUACAAAAGAUACAUUGCAAAAUAAAAGUAAAACAGACAAUCGUGAAAAGAAUACAAACGAAAACAAGAAACAAUUUACAGACAAUAUUAGUACACCAACUUCUAUCAUGAAAGCUGCAGCUUUAGGCGAUUAUAAAACACCAAUUCUUAAGCAAACUGCUGGAGCUUCUUUGCGUAAAGAUGCUGCUAAUAAACAGCCAAGUCGCGACCAACAUAAAGCUGCAGCUUUGGAUGAUUUUGUUAACAUGAAAUCCGAUACCUUUAAAUCUAAUCUUCAACAAGGACGCAGCUUCGAAAAGGAAUUACGCAACAUAUUGGAAGAGUUUAUACAUGAAUGUGGUUAUUGCUUUUGUCGUUUAUUCAAUACCAAAUCAAAACUGUAUGCCAUUUGCCAUAAACUCUAUCACAGCGGCAUCGAUACACUAUCCUUUCGAGAGUUGGCCUAUUUACAUAAGAAAAUUUAUGCCCAAGCUGAGCAAUUGCUACCAGGAUGUUUGCUGGACAUGAUAUUGUCGGAUCAUAAAGAACAGGUUGAAAAUAUGUUGAGUACAUCGAUGGUAAUGCCACGUUUAAUUGGUGGCACAGAAGUCGAUUUUAAAAUGUCCGAUACGAAUGUUACAGAUAUGGAUCAGAAAUGCUGUUGCUGUAAGAAUGAAUUAUGUUGCAAUAAUUCGGAUGAAAUGCUUAAGGAUAAGGUAAACAAACUUGAAAAGGACAUUGAAAUCGCCCGAGAUUAUCUAGAGACUUUGAAAAAUAUACCUUUAGAAACCAGUCUACCAUCUGAUAAUGGUGAUUCUACUGAUACAAACAAUUCAACAUAUAGAGCCUCUUCAACCGUGAUGAUCCAACAAAAAUCACGCCAUUCAAAGCAUUUAAAAAAGCUUAAAGAUCGCCUAAUAAAACAUCCAGCUAUAUAAUAUUUAUUAUUAAGUUUAUUUUUUAAUGCAGGCUUAGAGUUUUUAUCUAUGCUACAUAUAUAUUUUUAUUGUAUAUUUUUUAUGCAUGUAAAGAAAAUGUAAUUCUAUCGGGAAACAAUUUACAUUAUACAAUAUAUUUUGUGGUAAAUAUGUUCAAUUUAUAAUUUUAGUUGA